AUGGCCGGCACCCUUCCCCCCAACGACGGUGACUCCGCCGCGGCCGCCGCCGAGCAGCAGCGUCUUGCAGACGCGCGCACGGCGCGCCAGGCGAAGCGCGAGGCCGCCCUCGUGCGCGCCAAGGCGGCUGAGGCCGCCGCCGCCGCUCGCGAUCGCGAAGCCCUAGCCCUAGCGGCUGAGGAACGCGCCGCCGCCGACGACAGCGAUCAAGAGCCCGACACCGGGCCCGACGUCGAUGCUGAUGCUGCCUCCGAUCGCCCUCCGGCGGAAGACAUUCGCGCCGCCAUGCUCCUCCACGAAGCUGCCGCCGUUCUGAACCUCCACGCCCAAGCCGCCGGAGUUCAGAACAUCCGCAGCCUCAUCCCCGUCGUCCUCGACACCACCUCCAGCCCGUACACUCGAUGGUGCGAGCAAUUCCUGCUCGCUGUCGGCCGCUUCGCCCUCCAAGACCACGUCUUCCUCGACGCUCCGACCCCCUCUUCCCCAGACUGGGAGCGGAUGGAUUGCGUCGUUCGCUCCUGGCUUCACAGCACCAUCUCCGCCGAUCUUGCCGAGGCUGUGAUGGGGCGCGGCAGCUCUGCUCGGGCGGCCUGGCUCGCCAUCGAGGCGCAAUUUCUCGGCAAUCGAGAAACCCGCGCCUUGCACCUCGACGCCCAGUUCCGCCACUUCUGCCAAGGUGAUUUGUCUAUCACCGAUUACUGCAGGAAGUUCAAGUCCAUGGCCGACGACCUCGCCGAUCUUGGUGAACCCGUCACAGAUCGCACCUUGGUGCUGAACGUGAUUCGCGGCCUCAACAAGAAUUUCACCGACAUCGACCGCCAUCUCCGUCGCGGGCGCCCCUUCCCGGCGUUCCUCGACGUCCGCAACGAUCUCCUUCUUGAGGAGAUCACCGCCGCCCAGAGGAACUCCGCUGCACCCACCGCCCUCCUGGCCGCGGGCGCUGGCGGCACGGUGUCCGGCUCCUCUGCCCCGCGCUCCUCUGCCUUGCAGCAGCCCCCUUCCAAGACCGGGGGCGGCUCCGGGGGCGGCUCAGGCGGCGGCAGAAAUCGGCACAGCAAGCACGCCGGGCGCUCCGACUUCAAGCGCAGCGCUGCAGGCGGCGGCGAUUCCGGCGCUGGUGCUUCCGCCGGGCAGGGCGCCAGUGGCGCACCAGCUGCGGGCCAAUGGCCCUCGUACUACAACCCCUGGACCGGGUCCAUUCAGAUGUGGCCCGGUCCAAGGCCCCCACUGCCCCAGGCCGCCACCCGGCCUGCCCCGCAGCAGGCACUGUUGGCCCAACAGCAGGGGCCACCGCCCCCCGCGCCGGCCUCGUUCGUCCCCGCGACACCGCCCGCGCCGUGGGCCCCCGCCGGCCUAGGAGCCCUCAGCCCGGCUCCUCAGUGGGGCGCACCCCACCCGUGGGCUGGGCCUCCUGGCUUCUACAGCACCGCCGGCUAG